GGUCAUUUUAGUGAAAAAACAUUAAAUACUAAAAAACGUAAUUGCAGCUUAUUUGAUGUCUUUUCAUGUCAAAUUUGUGUACAACUUUUGAAUUAAUAUUGCCAAAAUCAGAAUGUGGAAAAGCAAUUGUGUCUGUUGAAGUGAGGAGGUGUCAGUUAUUGAAAGGAGAUGCAAAACCAUAUAUUCCAUUAUCUUAUAAUAGUAAAACUAAUAUAAUGACUAAUGAAAUCAAAGAAGAGAAAAAUUUCUCAUACUACACUCAUUCAGCUUCUUAUGAUCAAAAGGCAGAUGAUUCUCAAAGCAAUUCACCUGUAUAUUGUAAAUCAGCAUGUCAGGACAAUAAAAAAAUAGAUCAUUGUUUUUAUGCUUUUGACGAUUUACUUUAUCCUGGUUUUGCCAUAUAUAAUCCCAUUCUUGGAUAUGUUUUUCCUUCUUCUAAUGUUGUAUCAAAUGUUGAAAUUCAUUACCAACAACAAAUAUUUAAAAAUAAUGAAAAACAAUUUUAUCAAAAAGUUCAUGCAAAGAAAAAAAAGAGUUUGCAGAAGAAAUCCAAACCAUUGAACAUUCCUAAGUUGAAAUCAUGUGGAGAUUUUACUGGUGGAAAAAAACAAAGUUUCAAAAUUUCUCCAAUAGAAUCAUUCCUACCAUUUCCAGAUGAAGUUAUAUUGUGUAUUAUGUCAUAUUUAAGCUUAUCAGAUAUUCUGAACAUGUCAUGUGUGUGUAAACAGCUUUAUAGAAUAGGAAUGGAUGAUUCUCUAUGGAAAGUGAUUAGAAUAAAGCGCCAUUGCUACAUGACAGAUCUUACUCUUUCAAAAAUAGCUAAGCGGCAUCCAGAAGUACUUUCCAUCACACAAUGUAAUGGUAAAAGGUUGACAGAAGAUGGACUAAAACAUUUGUUUUUAGUUGUAUCUGAUUCUUUAAAGGAUUUUAGUAUUAGUGGUUGCAGUGGUGGUGUUUUAAAUAGUGAAGCUGUACUGUUGCAUUUAGCUUCCCACUGCAAAAAUAUUGAAAUUUUGGACAUAAGUUGGAGUAAUGUUACUAAUAUUGGUAUAACAGCAAUAUGCCUUAAUCUGCCAAGAAUUGUGUGCCUACUACUGAAUGGCUGCCAAGGAAUAACAAAUGAUUCUAUUGUUCAAAUUGCAGAAAAAUAUUCUGAAAGUCUUAAAACGCUGGAAAUAUUUGGUUGCUUUAAUGUUUCACCACAAACAAUCAAUAAAUUAAUUGAAAAAUGUUUUCAUAUUAGAAAGUUAAAUCUUGGUCAGUGUCAUAAGGUAACCAACAAUUCAAUAUCAUUAAUUGCAAAACAUUUAAAAAAACUACAAAGUCUUGAUAUCAGAGGGUGUAUGCAGGUUCGCGAUAAUUCUCUUUGUGAACUAAUAGAGAACUGCCAUGAAUUAACAUCUCUUGUUGUUGCCAAUUGUCCUGCAAUCACUGAUAUAACUUUGUAUAGUUUAUCUAAUCACUCUUCAAUUAUAAAAAAUCUAGAUGCAUGUGGUUGUGGAAAAAUUACUGAUAAAGGAGUUCGUUCAUUGGUUAAAGGUUGUACUAAAUUACAGUCUCUUGACUUAAGCUCAACUAAAGUCACAGGAAGAAGUGUUAUCUCAAUUUCGACUUUUUGUUCAAAUACAUUGCAAUCAUUAAGAUUAAGUUUCUGUAAUGCUUUAACUGAUGCUUCUCUUUAUGCACUUGUCUCUAAAUGUCAAAAGUUGCGAACACUUCAUUUAUACGGUUGUAAAACAGUGCGGAAUCUUGGAAAACUGGUAGAUAUAAAUUCAAAACUGAAAAUAGAAAAAGAGUCACUCCGAUAAAAAGUGUUACUUUAUAUAACGAUAAGUUUCUUCACUUUAUUCGUUCUAUUAAGUAAUACGUAUGUUUCUAUACUAUUUAAAUUCUAGAACUCUUUUUACUUCUAAUAAUAUUUCCACAUCCUUUUUUAUUUCUUUCUUUUAACAGUUUUGUAAAACAUGUUUUUUUUCAAAUAUUUUCUUUACACCUUUAAACUUCUGUAAAAAAUUUCUCAAUCAUUCCAUUUUAAACUUCUGUAAAAAAUUUCUCAAUCAUUCCGUUUUAAGGAAAGUUAUAUUUUAGCUUUUAUAUUUAAGUUUUCCUCG